AUGGCUGCCGAGAUCAAGUACAACAAGAACGGCAUCCCCGAGUUUGAGGACCUCCCGCUGGGAAAGACGGACCCUCGUCGUUCCGCCUGGGGCCUCUAUGGUGAUAAAGACGAGUUGGGAUUUCUGAACCGACUGACCGACGAACGCGUCGCCGCCGCCGCCAAGUCGGAGAUUCAGACAGGUCAUCGAGUCUCGCUCAACUGGCCACUCGACGCCCAGGCCUCGCAGGGCGGCACCGCCUUCUUUGGACGGGGCGCAUUCCACAAGGAGCUCCUGGGCAAGGCGCCGUUCACGGGCAACGACGACGUCUGGACGUUCAACUCGCAGAUAUCGACGCAGUGGGACGGUCUCCGCCAUUUCGGCUACCAAAAGGAAGGGCUCUUUUACAAUGGCGUGACCAUGGAGCAGAUUCACGCCUCGGACGACAAGGGCAAGAGUACCGUCAAUGGUAUCCAGGCUUGGUCUGAGCAAGGUGUCGUUGGUCGAGGUGUCCUGGUUGAUCUGCACAGCUGGAGAGAAGCAAACAGCGAGCUUGGCGCAUACAAUGCUUUCGAUUCGACCAAUAUUCCGUUGACUGAUCUCAAGGCAUGUCUCGAGGCUCAAGGGACAGAGCUACGCUUUGGUGACAUUCUCAUCAUCCGUUCUGGUUUCAUGGCCCAGCACGCACAAAAGACACAAGAGGAGAUCAAGGCCCAUCAGGAAAUCCACCGCUUUGUGGGUUUGGAGCAGAGCGAGGAAAUUCUGAGAUGGAUCUGGGACAACUUUUCUGCCGUUGCCGGCGAUCAACCGGCGCUCGAGUGCUGGCCGACAAAAAAGGACUGGUUUCUCCACGAAGUCCUGUUGGGCGGCUGGGGAUGCCCGAUUGGCGAGCUCUUCAACCUUGAGAAACUGGCUGCGCACUGCCAAAAGGAAAAGCGAUGGAGUUUCUUUGUCACGAGUGAGCCAUGCAAUGUACCAGGCGGUGUUGCCAGCCCGCCAAAUAUUCUAGCCAUAUUCUAA